AACAACGCACGCUCGGACAAGUUUGAAAUCCUGGCGGCGCAGGAGUUGUUGAUAAGCGAGAGUGGGAUAAUUGAAAACGCAGACUUGAUCAAGGAUUCACCAGCCAUAGGUAAACACGUCACACACUGUACAGGACGAGGUGCUCACAGCAACACAAAACAAGAGCACUGGGGACGAACUAAAAGAUGAAUCUCAGGCCAGCUGAAGUGCGUGACAAAGGCAGUACAAGCAGGUAUAGGAUUGAUCAUUAAACUCGUUAACUGGGUUAAGCAGUUCAAAUUGGGAGAAAGUUCAAUUUACCCAAAACAACGCUAUGUAAUUUACAAGAACCAAAUUCUGCAUUGGGGCACAGGUACUGUACCUGGACUCCCGCGCUACCUAUUGCAGGCAAAUUGGGGCGAUUUAAAUAAUAAAUAUACCGGCUCGUGAGGAACAGCUUUGAGGCUCGAGACGCAUUCUAAACAAAAACGGAUUUAUUUUUAAGCAAUACCAUCGAUGCAUUCAAACAACAGGGAAAUAAAGUAAAACUACGAAUUUAACGAUAGGAAGAAAUCUUCGAUGGAAGGGGAAGAGGUUUCUCAGAAGUGCUUUCACUUCAAUGUGGGAGGAUGUCUUUUCUCCAUUCCUUUGAACAGGCUAGCUGGUUUUCAGGAAUCUGUCUUGUGGAAAGAAGCGUUCUCUCUGAGCCGGUUCCAAGACUCCAGAUUAUUUAUUGAUAGGGACGGUUGCACCUUCAGGCAUCUGCAUUAUUACAUUCACACAGCCAAACUGGCUUCAUCCUGUGCAUCUGAAGUAAACCUGUUGUCUGAGCAAGCGUCUGUCUUGAACUUAACAUCCUUACUAGAGGCUUUAGAAAAUUUUAAGACUGGAAAACAUUAUUUACGUGCACGUCCUGUAGACGCCCACGUUUCUGAAAGAGCUUCUGUGAAUUACUGGAAAACACGAAUAUGCAAUACCAAGUUACCAGAGCUGAUCAGAAGUCCAGUAUCAACAGGGUUGCAUGAUAAAGCCCCCCUGGGAUUGAUCGGUACACCGUUGUUGGACACUGAUGAAGAGGUUCAUUUUUGCUUUCUUCUACUGGAUUUGGUGAAAAAGUACCCCAGCCUAGUCAAUGAGGACAACUUACUCUGGUUGUGUGAGGAGGUUGUCAUAAUAGAAUGUGGAUGCAGUGAGUUCAGGUUCAUAGCUAAUUAUCUCCAUACUGAGAAUAUUUUACUGCCUGAUAAAUUCACUGAUUACGAAAUCUUGACUAAUGAAGCAGACAUCCUGGGACUUUCUGAAUUAAUACAGGCUGUAAAGGAACACAAACAAAACAGUGGGAUAGACUGUGACUACUAUUCGGUUAACAAGCAAGACACUAGUCCUAGUUCUUUGCCAGCCUGUGCGUCCAGGCCCCUCUAUGUCAUGGUUCUGGAGUUGCUAGUGAAGUACCCUGAUUCAGCACUGGGACAGCUCCAUGUGGACAGCAACUUGGAAGGGAGUAAAGUGUACAUCACUGGCAAAGGUGUUAUCUUUCAGCAUGCCAGGAACUGGUUAGGGACAAGUCGACUGCCACUGACUGAAAACAUAUCUGAGCUGAGUGAACUUUGCAAGUAUGUGGAUAAACAAGACAAUGCUUAUCGGGCAAUGAAAGAUGCCAUUAGGGAGUACCUGAUAAGCAGAAAAGAGACAGCGGUCCAAGAUUCAGAAAUCAGAUCUCUGGAGAUGAGAGGAAAAGCUUGGACUGCUAGUAUUGAAAAUGUCACAGUGUAUCAGAUUGUUAAAAUUUAUAUAGGAACUCAUUGGUAUGCAACUUAUCUGAAAACCCUGUUGAAGUAUCCAGAGCUGCUUUCAAACUUCAAGAAGGUUCGCUGGAUUGCCUUUGGUCAGAGCCUCUACAUCCAAGGGGAUGGACAGAUGUUCCGACACAUUCUCAACUUUCUUCGAGUUGGCAGACUGCUUCUACCAUCUGAAUUCAAAGAGUGGCCCUUACUUUGUCAUGAGGUAGAAGAGUACCAGAUAUCUGUGCUUUCAGAGGCAUUGUAUCAGUGCAGUGCCUAUAGAAUGUGGUAUAAAUGCAGCGAAUCAGGCAGUAAGGUAUCAUUUUCGUCUGGUGGAUCAUUUGACGGUUUUAAGGAAGAUGAAGCUGAGAUAGAGGAGCUUAAAUAUGAGGAGCAAUUAAAUGAUUUUGCAGAAGAAUAUAAUAGACCCCAGAAGACUGAUGGUCAGGAUACAUUAGAUUUAUACAGAAGAGCAGCAUCACCUUACUGGGAUUGUAAGCCACCUACCACAAUGCAAAGCCAGUCCACCAAGACUCUUUCUUACCCUAUAAGUUCCACACCUCACACAAGUUCAGAAGCCGUUCCACAAAAAAGGGCAGCAAAGUACGCUGUAGAGCCUGAGGUACAAUCCAAAGCUCAACUUGCUGCACCGCUAAAGAAACUUGUGAGAUUAGUUGAGAACUGGGGUGCCAACACCAGCGAGUGCAUGUCUUCUUCAUUUCCUGCAGGCAGAAGUACGUCUAAAGGAAGCACAAGCUUGAGCUUUAACACACCUUUAGCACACGCUUUUCUUGGAGAGCAUUUUCCAUCUGAUCGGGGAAUACUGCAGGUACUGAAUACCACUGGGUUUUCAACCUGCUUUUCUAAGCAAGUCUUCGAAGAGUAUCUCAAACGAGGCUCUGCAAUGCAUUCCCUGGCUGAUGCCAGAAAAUGUAGAAACAAAAGCAAAUACACUGGCGUUGUUAGGGCUCCAAAAGUGGAGCUCAGAGCAUAUGGUGAUCCAUUACUGCAGAGGCUUCAUCAUGACAAAACGUGUGCUUCCUUGUUGACUGGUAAUCUGUUGAAUGGAAAGAUGUUCAGAAAGUCCAAAAAACUUCGACAGGCUGAGAAACCGCUCACCUGCAGUGGUUGUAUCAUUCGAGUGGAGCACCCCCCAGUGGUGGUGAACCCCAGCUCAGAGUCGUUCAGAGAAAGUGUCAUUUACACUGUGAACACUGCACACUCAGGUGCAUGUCCACAUAUGCAUCUAGAUGAAAGGAAAGAUCUUCCAGAUAUUGCUUUUAUACAUUUUAAUUUGACGUAUGAAGAAAUCUUAUAUGCCAGAGAAUGCCAUCGUUUUUUGACAGGCCUUAUCUUGGAUUCUAAAAGACUGGAAGACUCAGAGGAAGCUACGAUGAAAAUUGCUAACCUGGUGAACUUGCUUUGGACUCAGCAGAUUCCACCAGAACAGUUUGUUGCAGAUUUACUGAAUAUGGCAUUUUUUAAGAACCAGAAAGAAAUCCAUGAUCAGGUGCUCCAGUGGAUUAAGUUUACAUUGCUUUUUGCGAGGAGGUAUAAUGACUGCAUUGAAAUAUUGUUGAGGGGAUUCUGUAAAUCAGCAGUACUUUUUCCAGAUGAAGACUCAACUCUAUAUUCAUUGCACAAGGAUUGACCGUUGGACAUUCACCUGCAGUGAGACCAGUGCCCUCCAUCAAUCAGCCUGGCUGGCUGGGUUAAAUCUGACUUCUGGAGAGGCGGACAG